UUUACGCUGUGAAGUUGCCGCUUUUGUGAUUUAUUUAUUAUAAUGAAUGCUAGAUCUCGCUAUAUUGCUAAAUUGGCAUUACAAAAAUUAAAAACUCUUGUUCAUAUUGAUGCUGAAGGGCCGCUGUAUGAGGAAUUAAUAAGCCAAACUAACGAAAUAUCAAAUGUUACUAAUGUUUUGGGUCAUUUAGAAAUCGUUAUCAAUCCCACCAUAGCAUCAGAGGAUGCCUCUGUAAAUAAAAACACCUCAGCUUCUUCCCCAGCAGUAUCUGAAGUUAUAAAAUGUGAUCUUGUGGCAGAAAAGAUAAAAGGGCUUUGCAACACUUUCGCUGACACUAAUUUACCAUCGACGUCAGACACCCAACGUAUUCUUCGCCCUAAAAAUCUGAAUGCAAACCUUUAUAAAGAUCCGCACUCUCCUAUGGGAGUGGUAGAAUUUGAAGAAGGUAGUUCAGACGAGUAUAAUCCUACUGACGAUGAAGACAAUCAUGAUGGUGAGCACAACAAUGUAUCUACUGCAACUAAACAAAAGAGCUGGUGGAAAAAAUCAUACCUUGAUCAGUGGAAAAAAGCCAUAAAUAAAAAGAAAAGGUCUUUGGGGAAACCUUACGAAACCAAUAAAAAAAUGAAAAAUGCAAAAAUUACCGAUGAAGAUAUCGAUUGCGAGCUCUGCAAGUUUAAAUGUACACAACACUUUAGUUUGGACGAUAGAAGAAAAUUGUGUGCUACCUACUGGCAAUUAAAUUAUGAUAGACAAAAAGAUUACAUAUUGGCCCGUGUAAAGUCAGUUAAAUCCAAGUGUAGGAAGCCUCGCACUGAAGCCAGACCGGCAAAGCAAGCAAGCAGAUCAUAUCAUAAGUAACAACGAGAAUACCAAGCAGGAUGAUGUUUUAAAUGACAUUACACAUUCCGUUAAUCCGGGUCAGAUUAAAGCUUGCAUAAACAAUACAACGAAAAUUCGUGGCGGAGUUGCAGUACACUGUCAAGACAAUAGAUCGCUGCAAACAUUAAAAACUAGUUUAAUUGCAAAAAUGGGCAAAAAAUAUAAUAUUGAUCAAGCUAAAAAAUUUAAUCCAAGAUUAAUCAUAAAGGGAGUGCGUUUAGAAGGGUUAGAUACACCGGACCAAAUAAUAGGCAACAUAACGUCUUUAAAUGAUAUCUCAGAUUUAGCAUCUGAAAUCAAAUAUAUUACCAAGUUAAAGCAACGCAAUAAUAAAAUUGACCUUGUGAUUGAAGUUUGCCCGGCACUUCGUAAGCGCCUUCUAGGAAUAGGAUCGGUUUUUGUGGGAUGGAGCAAGUCAGUUGUGAAGGACUAUCUGCGUGUUAUUAAAUGUUUUCGAUGUUGUGCAUAUGGUCACACCGUAAAAGACUGUCGCGAACAAAA